AUGCUACUUUACCCAUGGUAUAUAAUCGGCAUUAAUAUGUUGCUGGAUAGACUAGAAUCGUGGGCUAUGGUACUUGACAAUAAAUCUGAUCGAGACGAAAUCGAUGAAAAGAUUAUAAAUAGUAUUCAAGCGGCAAGGGACAAAAUCAUUAGACAUUACGAACGGACUAACUGGAUGUACUGUGUUGUCCUGAUUUUAGACCCCCGACAUAAAGUGGAUACAUUCUCCAAUACAAGUUGGGGAAAAGAGUUGCAGAUAGAAGCAAUUAAACAUUUUGAAGAUAUUUUUAAAGCACAAUAUUUUAGGGCUGACUCUCUGCAAAUUUCUGAACCAUCACUUCAAGUAGCAGCAUCUUCAAACCCUAGUAAAGAUAGUAGUGUCGAAAAGUUUGAAAUAGAUCUACUAAGUUUGUUUAAUAGAAAACCUGCCCAUAAUGCAGACGACGAUAUGGCCUGGCGUUACGAAAUCGACAAAUAUAUUUCUGACCCAAGAGCUGACAGUACUGAAGAUAUUUUAGAAUGGUGGAAGAGACACGCAUGCAUUUUUCCAAACCUUGCCGCAAUGGCCAAAGACUUUUUGGCAACGCCAGCUUCUUCAGCUCCUGUUGAAAGGCAGUUUUCUAGAGCUGCCUUAACUCUCAAAACAAGAAAUCGAUUAGGCGAUAACUCCGUUAGAAGCCUUUUGUGUCUCAAAUCAUGGAUGGCAAAUGAGGAUAUUAAAGAUUUAUUUUAG